AUCACGGCUAGCCAUUCUAAAAUUACUCGGCCGCCUUGACACUUUGCCAAAAUUCGGUGAUAUUUAUACAACAUACAUUCCUAGGCAAYGCUUACUUCAUAUUACUCAUCGAGAUACAAGAAGUGACAAAUGUCACUGUCGAGGUCUGCUUCGGCGACCCCCAWGCCCUCCAAAGGCACUAUCAGUGGAGGAUACAGCCAGCAACGGUUUCCCGAAAUCAAAUGUAUGGAAGAUGUCAUCGCACAGUUUUUUAAUCAAAUCGUACAGUUUGUCAUUGAGGAUAUGGUCGUCGUGGAGAAGAAAGAAGAUGUGGUUGUAGAGAAGAAGGAGAGUUUGGUUAAGGAUUAUAAGGAGUUGAAAGCAGAAGAUUUGGUUGAUGCCGAGAUCAAAUGGGCGUCAGGGUCGAAAGUUGCCCUGAGCAAAAAAAGCAGUUCGAGAGGGCUCAAAACGGGGAGACCAGGGAGCAGUUUUGCGUCAAAUUUAGACGCCAUUAAGGAGGAAAUCUCGGAAGCGAGUCGAUCUAAAACCUCAACAACCGUAUCAUCUUCUCUGCAAGACAAAAUUGAAGAUGAAUACGAAGCAAAAAUCAUCUUCACAAACGGUAAUGUCUUCGAAGGCACAAUCUCUAAACAAACCAUGAACGGCAAAGGCCGAUACAUCUGGACCGACGGGACAGUUUACGAGGGGGAUUUUUUAGACGGUUUUCCGACCGGUAAGGGAGAAAUGACCCUUCCUGACUUGAGCCACUACGAGGGAGAGUUCAACCAGGGCCUUUUCCAUGGCCACGGUUUCCUCAAUAUUGUCUCAACCCCAACAUUUUAUAGCGGAGAGUGGCGAAAUGGGUGCAAGCACGGCCAAGGAUGGCUACUCUACGAACCUGAGGAUUGGUACGAAGGGGGUUGGGCUUAUAAUUUAAAAGAUGGGUUUGGAUUGAGAUUUUACAAAAAUGGGGCUAAGUAUCGUGGGACUUGGCGCGAGGGAAAAUAUGACGGUUUUGGUACACUAAUUUGGGAAAAUAAUGAUUUUUAUGAUGGAGCGUGGCGAAAAGGGCUGAUGCACGGUGAAGGUGAAUACAUUUGGAAGGCUUUCUACAAUGAGGCUUUCGCCUUUCCCCCUCAAACAAUAUAUCGAGGAUCAUGGGUGGAUGGUAAACGUUGUGGUGAAGGGAUUAUGCAUUUCGGAGAUGAUACGGGAUUAAGGCUUCAAGGGUUUUGGGAUCAGGAUUUUAAACAUGGUGAUGGCUUGCUAAUUUGUGGCAACGGUCGUGUCGUCCAUCAGAAUUUACUUUUCCAAUACGACAAACCCAAACCUAGAAGUGAUUCGACAUGGUCCAUACGAAAUGUUUUCUACAACCACAUUCUAGACGUCCCUAUUUUUACGGCACCCGAAUAUGUGGAUGUGGGGUUUUACGUUGACGUAAUUUUAUCGAAACUUAAUGAUAUUCCCGACGAGAAAUUCAACUUGCUGAAGACGUACGAAGAGAAGUGUAUCCGGUUUUUGAUCACUCGAAAUUUGCCAAAACUGAAGGAUUUAUACAAGGAUUAUGCCACGAUGGCCGCAAAAAUUAAACUCGACUAUGAUCCUAUAAUGAUAAGGUUGUUUUUAUGGCAAUUAUACAAAGAUAUGGGAUUAUCAAAACGAAUUUCUAUAGCCCGAGCAGAUGAAAUUCUGGCUGAAAAUCCCAGAAGUUGUCUUGUUAGUAUCCACGAUCCCUUUGAGCCGAUUUAUUUUUGGCAAUUUUUAAUGUCAGUGAUUGGGAUUGCUCUAUGCACGGGGUCUUUAGAGGAAACCUACGAUAAGUCUAUUGACGGGGGCGUUUGUGCAUUCAUUGUACAAACAUUUUUAGACGAAGUUAUUUUUUCGAAGACUCCAGACCACCAAAGUACAAUUCUCAUGAAUUAUCUCGAUUUGGCACCAAUUAAAGCCGUUUAUGCUCUUUAUAAAAAAAUCGGAGAGCCCCACUCGGCUCGAACUUUUCUGAAACAAACUUGUACAAAAAAAGGGGAAUCUCCAGUGACAUGCCAUUUGGAAUUGAAGUUGCAAAAAGCACGUCCUUUGUUUGGAACUAAUAUAGUACCACUCGAUGAACACAUUACGUACGAAAAAGAACGAGUCGCUGAUUUUGAUGAUAAGAUAAGACACCACUGGAUAAAUCUUUUCGAUUUUCGACAUUUAGGUCCCAGAAACGUGAUGCAUUGUUUAGCUACGGCUUGUCCUCUAGUUAUGGAUGAUAAACUCAUAGUUAAUAUCGAUUAUCCGCUUACAUUUCUCGAAUUUUAUGAAACUUUACUAACGUGUAUCUUCAUGGUUUUGGAAUUGGAAAUGAAGAAAGAGCAGCAGAUUUUAUCACAAAAUAUUGCCCCUGAACCUACUACCAUUCUAUCGUCGCCUAAAGUCAAAACUGUUGAAUCGAAAAAGAAGCUGCAAAAAGGCGAAAAGAAACAAAAGAAAAAGAAGAAGAAAUAAGAUACUUGUAUUUUUGUUUUUAUUUUUGUACUUUGAUAGUAAAUAGUUUUAAAAUGAUUACAAAUAUCGAGUUAUUUAUGUAACAGUAUGAAUGUUGUCACAAAGCUCAGCACUAAAUGUUCGAUAAAAGUAUUUUCAUUUUUACAC